UUGAGAAGACUUCACACACCCUGCAAAAUGUCGCCCGUAUCUGAAGGCUACUGUGGCAACCUUGUGUCCUCGUGUUCGGUCUGAUGAGGAUCAAAAUGAAAGAUGAUUCAGCCAACAAUCCCCUAGUUCGAAUAACAGGCACUGAGCUGAGCUGAUUAGGUGGGUGACUUACAGUGACGGAGGUGACUUCCCACUUCCUACUCGCUCUCUCUCCGUCUCGCUCUAUCUUUGAGGAAGAACCACUGCAGAGAUGCUUGAAUCCAUCUCUUACUGAUUUGCUUGCUGAAAUUGGAGAGAUGUGGAGGUGGUGAAUUUGCUCCACACCCCCAAUCUGCCUGUCAGAGGGAUGUUGAAAAAUAUUCGGUGGAGGCAACUGACAGUCGUAUGAGAGAUGUGACAAACCCAGGAUGCUGAUCUCUAAGCUCAUUAAAUGGACACCUAAUGACGGUUUGUCCUCAGUAAGUGAGAUCGAUGUGAGUCCUCAGUGUGUGCCGAGGAAGUGAAGAUGUUACGCAAUUGGAGAAGACACUGAUGAGUCCGGAGAGGAGCACAAGGCUGCUUGUACGACAGAGGUCAUCGUGUAGUGAUCGAGCAACAUUUGAAUCUUGCUGAAUUUUGCCUGGAGAGAAAUGAAUAAGUCAUGGUGCCUGUGGAAUAUGCGAUCAAUUGGACAUCAAGAAAAGGAAUUGUGACUUGAAAAAACAACAAAUUGUGAAAAAAAAAAAAAAUAAUCCACCUAAAGUUUGAAGGAAGCUACAAUUACGGCAACAUUCUAUUAUGUUGCUGAGUACCAACUAUAUUGAGAAGUGGUAAAGCUGUUAUUAUGGCUGCUCACCGCAACACUACAUCAGAGGAUGAUUUCCCCACUCUGAAGCCGAGACGCAUCCAGAACCAGAAUGUGGUCCACAGGCUAGAAAGGCGUCGGAUCUGCUCCGGUCCACUCGGAGCUCAUUGGUACCGUGUGCGCUGCUUCCACCAAAACCUGUUCCCCAACUUCACAGUGGUGAACGUGGAGAAGCCGCCCUGCUUCCUGCGUAAGUUCUCCCCUGACGGACGAUGCUUUAUUGCAUUCUCCUCUGAUCAGACUUCCUUGGAAAUCUACGAGUAUCAAGGAUGCCAAGCCGCUGAAGAUCUUCUCCAGGGUCAGGAGGGAGAAACACUUGCCAAUGGGAAUGACCAACGCUCCCUCAACAUCAGAGGCAGACUCUUCGAACGCUUCUUCUCCCUGCUCCACGUCACCAACGUGGCCUCCAACGGUGAGCACUUGAAUAGAGAGUGCAGUCUUUUUACCGACGACUGCCGCUAUGUGAUCGUCGGCUCUGCUGCCUACUUGCCUGAAGAACCUCAUCCGCACUUUUUUGAGGUGUACAGAAACAACGAAUCCGUGACACCGAACCCUCGCUCACCUCUUGAGGACUACUCUCUGCACAUCAUAGACCUUCACACAGGCCGACUGUGUGAUACACGCACCUUUAAGUGUGACAAAAUCAUUCUGUCACACAAUCAAGGACUGUACCUGUACAGAAAUAUACUGGCGGUGCUUUCUGUGCAGCAACAGACCAUACAUGUAUUUCAGGUGACACCAGAAGGAACCUUCCUUGACGUGCGCACCAUCGGCCGUUUUUGUUACGAGGAUGACCUGCUGACGUUGUCUGCGGUUUACCCCGAGGCCCAGGCUGAAGGCCAGCCUGGUUUCUCCCGCCUGUAUAAAGAGAAAACCAUCAACUCCUUGAAGCACCGUCUGCUGGUGUACCUGUGGAGGAGGGCAGAGCAGGAUGGCAGCGCUACGGCCAAACGGCGGUUCUUUCAAUUCUUCGAUCAGCUCAGGCAGCUGCGCAUGUGGAAGAUGCAGCUCCUGGACGAACAUCACCUAUUCAUCAAGUACACUAGCGAAGAUGUGGUCACGCUGAGGGUCACCGACCCCUCGCAGCCCUCUUUCUUCGUGGUUUACAAUAUGCUAACCACAGAGGUUAUUGCAGUCUUUGAGAACACUUCUGACAAACUUCUGGAGCUUUUUGAAAACUUCUGCGACCUCUUCCGUAACGCCACACUCCACAGCGAGGCCGUGCAGUUCCCCUGCUCUGCUUCCAGCAACAACUUUGCCCGUCAGGUACAACGCAGGUUCAAAGACACCAUCGUGAAUGCCAAAUACGGAGGGCACACAGAGGCGGUCAGGAGGCUUCUUGGUCAGCUGCCCAUCAGUGCUCAGUCCUACAGCAGCAGCCCGUAUCUGGAUCUUUCCCUCUUCAGCUACGAUGACAAGUGGGUGUCUGUCAUGGAACGGCCGAAGACCUGUGGCGAUCAUCCCAUACGGUUCUACGCGAGGGACUCGGGAUUGCUGAAAUUUAAGAUCCAGGCAGGCCUGCUGGGCAGACCCAUUAACCACGCGGUCAGGAGACUGGUCGCGUUCACCUUCCAUCCCUUCGAGCCCUUCGCCAUCUCUGUGCAGCGCACCAAUGCUGAAUACGUCGUCAACUUUCACAUGCGCCACGGAUGCGUAUGAUAUUGCAUGUGUGAGUACAGACGUGUGAUUGGAGAGACUCAUGGAAUCGGUCUUUUUAUACAUCCUUUUUUAUAUUAAAGUUUUAUUUAUUACAAAUGUAAUGUCUUUUAUGCAUUUACACUAAAUGUUUUUUUUUUAUAUAUAUAUUAUCAUGUUUUUUUUUACUAAGUUGCAAUGUUCAAAAAUAAAACU